UUUUUUUUUUGGUUUUUUCGCACACUUUUUGACACCGAAACAAAGUCCUCCCCCAAUGCAGUGUUGUCGACGUCGGCGCUCGACAUUCGCCCUGACGGCAGUGAUUCUGGUGACUGGUGCAAUCGCCUUUGUCAUGUACAAGGAUGCCCUCCACUUCCCCGGACCAGCAGCCGUCAAAGCGCCGGUGGUGGACGGGAAUAAUGAGUUUGACAGGUCGGGUUCUGCGCCAAACGACAGCAGGCGCAGCACCAGCACUGCGCCCAAGGCCGAGAGCGGGGAGAGCCUGCACAGCGACCCACUCUACCAGCUGCGAGUAGAACUGGACGCCCAGAACUUGCUGAAUGAGCAGGCGAUGGAGCCCGCGCCCACGUUUGAGACGCGCGAGCAGUUUGAACAGGUCCUCAGUCAACUUCCGCUGGACGAGUCGAGCAAGUACCGCAUCCACAUGCACUACGUGAGGCGACAGAUUGCAAUUGAGCAACCAGACGUGACCCUCGUGUCCCAGUGCGACGCGGACCACCUGCACGAAGCUAUUGGCCUUGCCCAGUACUGGGAUGGACCCGUUUCCGUUGCUGUCUUCAUCCCUGGAAACGUUUACAAGGCCCUGGCGACGCUUCGUCAGAUUCGAGCCUGCCAUGACCGAGUCCGCGAGCGAGUCAGCUUCCAUCUCGUCUACAUGGAGAACGAGUCCGUGUAUGAGGAGGUGGCUGCGUCUGAACUGCCGCUGGAAGGCGCGUGCGAAAACUUCCAGGAUCCGUACGAAGAGCUCCGCGCCAACAAUGGGACUGCGGUCCGACCAAAGCUGCAGCAGCAGAAAGCACCCGCCAAAUACGAUGGCGUGCCGUAUCCCAACAACUUUUUGCGCAACGUGGCUCGCUCUGGCGUGUCCAGCACCUUCAUGUUUGUGAUUGACAUUGACAUGCGUCCGUCGCGCGGGCUUCGGCUUUGGUUUUUGCGCCUCGCAGACAAGCGGCCUCGCGCUUCGCUGAGAACUGCAUUUGUUGUGCCGACCUUUGAGCUCAAAGCCGGUGCGCCCAUCCCUCGUAUUCGCCAGCAACUGAUUGACACCUAUCUACAAGGCAACGCCCGGCCGUUUUACGAGAAGGCGUGCUGGAAGUGCCAAAAGCCAACAGAUUUUGACCAGUGGCUUUCUGUCACCUCACCCAUCUCCAAGCCCACGUACAAGGUCGACUGGAAAGAUCCAUGGGAACCAUUCUACAUCUCAUGGACCAACUUGCCGCUGUAUGACGAGCGUUUCCAGCGGUAUGGGUUUAACCGCAUCUCCCAGGUUUGCGAGACAUGGGUGUCGGGCUUCAACUUUGAGGUUUUGACAGGAGGGUAUCUACUGCACGAGGGCUUCAAAGAGCCCGAGUCCUUCCACACGCAAAAGUCCCAAGAGAACGACGCCAACCGCAGUCUCUUCCGUCAGUUUAAGCAAGAUCUCAAGAGCAAGUAUCCUUCUAGUACGAGGCGUUGCUAGACUUGAUCAGGCAUCCGCGGUUCUUCUGCCAUUGAAUCCUGCUUGUUGUUGUCGUUCAAGGUGUUGGGUUUAAUUUUCAUUUUGUUUCAGGGUUGUAUGUACUAGUAAACACUGUUUCCAUCUGAAUCAUUAAAA